UGGGUGUUUUGGCCUUAAAUAGUAGCAUCAAUAGUAGCAGCUCACACACCAGCCAAGCCAUCGCAGAUGCUUUCGAUAGCAUGCUUCAGACCUGGGGUAUUCCGAAGACGUCUGUCCACGUAGUGCUCCGAGACAACGCAAGAAAUAUGAUAAAGGCCAUGAAUGAUGCUGAACUCCCCAGCCUGACCUGUACUGCUCACACUCUCCAGCUGGUGGUUCACGAAGGUCUGUUGUCACAGAGGAGUGCUGCUGAUGCAGUGGCAAUCGGCCGCAAAAUAGUUGGACAUUUUAAACAUUCUACUCUAGCCUACUCCCGCCUCGAAGGCCUUCAAUUAGAGAUCAGCCAGCCUGCCAAGCGACUCCAGCAAGAUGUACACACCGGCUGGAAUGGUACAUUUUACAUGAUACAGUCCUUGGUUGAGCAGAAACAGGCUUUGGGAAUAUUAGCGUCUGAAUACGGACUCCCCGAUAUUCUGACGGCUCAACAGUGGACACUGCUGGAGAAGGUGCUAUCUCUCCUGCGUCCGUUUGAGGAGUUGGCUCGAAAAGCUAGCUCUGCAUACGCCAUUGCCGCAGACGUCAUUCCAGUGGUCAGUGUGCUGCACAGAUUUCUAACGAAGGAGACCGAUGAAGACCACGGGGUCAAAGGGAUGAAGGGAACCUUGGCUGCAGCCGUCAGGAAGCGAUUCUCUGAUGUGAAGGAAAACCCACUCUACAGCAUCGCAACGCUACUCGAUCCCAGGUAUAAAAAUCACUUUUUCUCCAGCAACACCGCUGCUGCAAAUGCGAAAGAGAUGCUGACCCUUGAGCUGCUGAGGUUGCCUGGAGAGGUGGACAAGCAGGAGGAUCUUGAUCCAACUGAACCACCUGCAAGAAAACCAUGCAGUGACCAGGCCAGCAGCAGUCUAGACAGCAUAUUUGAUGAAAUCGCAGAUGUAAAGGCAUCCCUGGACAGAGAAGCAUUAGACUACUGCACAAUUAGAGACAUAUCUUGGAGAGACCACAAUUUCACGGCAAGACAAACCAUUACAAUUCUGGGUGGUUAACAAAGUGUGGUUCCCUACUCUGGCUAAACUGGCGUGCAGAUACCUUUCAGCACCAUGCAGCAGUGUUGACAGUGAAAGGCUGUUCAGCUCAGUGUCACAUAUUGUGAAUGAAAGCAGAAACAGGCUCACAGCUGAUCAUGCAGAGAUGAUUUUGUUCAUCAAAAAGAACCUACCUCUGACUUUCCCAAAAAAUGCUUAGUUCAGACUAGACCACACCAUUGUAUGCUGACUGAAAGUUUGAUAUUUACUUUGAUUCAAAUGUGGACACUCUGUAGUAGUUUAAUUCAUAUUUUGUUUAUCUGAAAGCUGUAGACAGUGCCAAAUAUUUUAGUUGAUAUUUUGUUUGAUUGAUUCAAACAUGGACACUUAGCAAAUUCAUAUUUUGUUUAUCUGAAAGCUUGAGACAAUGCCAAAUAGUUUGAUAUUUUGUUUGACUGAAAUGUGAAGUCUGUGCACUGAUUUCACUGACAUUUUUUGUUAUUGAAAGCUGGAGACAGUACUUUAUUAGGGGGCCAAGCCCGAGGGGCAGAGGGAACGCGUAUGCAAGCAGACGCGUUUCCUAGGACCAGCGGUGCUAGGAACCCUAUUGUUUUUGUAAAGAUUUUUAUUUUUAUCCGUAGUUAAAAGUGGUGCUGCAGGCUAAACCGUGCAAGGGAGGGCAGUGCAAUUUGGAGGGGUGGUCCAGACCCCUGCACGUACCUCAGACGCAAAAAACUAUGUAUAUCUGCCUGCAGGGGGCGCUAUAACCUAGGCCAGUGCGUUUUUGCCUAUAGCUCCCACACCGUAUGUCGCACAUUCAAAAAUCUUGUAUCCCCAGCUUCCCUGAAUAGAGCUGAAUCACUUUGCCAUAGGCCACGCCCACUUGCGCCUAGGAAGUUUUUUCGCAAAAUCUGUAAAACCUACUUUUUCGAACUUCUCCUUGGGAUUUUGUCCAUUCUGCGUGAAACUUGACAUACACACUCUUCUACUGGACCUGAUCUAAAGUUAUCAAAAGAAUUUUAUUCAGUCAAAAAAUGCACAAAUUAUUAACAAACAAACUUCUAUAGCUAGCUAUAAAAAUGCAAACUGUUGGAUAUCUCGGUCAAACUAAAUGCUAUUAACACCAAAUUUGAGAGCAUUGGUUGGCAUAAGACUGUGAGAGUAUGAGCCAAAUUUGGCGAAUUUUGGCAACUAGGGGGAGCUACAAAUAUGGUAAGUUUAUAUCUCUUGAAUGGCUGCACCGAUUUCUACGAAAUUCGGUUGGUAUGAUGUAGGGCCAAUUCUGAGGUCAAAUCUUGAAGGUGGUCAUGACUGGUUAAUGUGGGCGUGGCUUAUUACAAGAUAAACAACAAACAUUAAUGUCAGCCAAACUAUUACGCUGAGGGCUUUGAAAUUUUAAGGGUACAUAUAGAAUAGGACACAGAUCUUCCGUACCAAAAAUUGCACAUGUACUCCACUAGGUGGCGCUAUAACGGAUGCCAACUUUUUUGCCUGCAACUUACACAUUUUAAAUGACACUUUCACAAACAUUAUAUCCAUGUGUUCCCUGGAUAGAGCUGGGUUGUCUGACACAGGCCCCGCCCACUUCUGCUACACAUUUUCUUUGCUAAUUCGCCACAUGUCCAAAACCUACUUUUUCGAACUCCUCCUACAUUUUCAGAGCCACCUGCCUGAAACUUUGCACAUAGAAUCUCCAGAUGUGUCUGAUGAAAAGUUAUCAAAAGAAUUUUGGCACUCCAAAAAAUGCGCUUGUUACAACCAAACAAUCUUUUUUGCUAGCUAAAAAACACACAUUGUUUCAUAUUUCGCUCAAAGUAGAUGCUUUCAACAUCAAACUAAAGUCACUCGUUCCCGAGGUCAUCCAGAGGCUUUGUGCCAAAUUCGUCGCAAAUCGGUCUAUAGGUGGUGCUAUAACGGAUGCAAAGGCAGUUUUGCCUGUAACUUCCACAUUUUAAAUGACACAUUUAUAAACAUGCACUUGCCCAGAGCCCGUCGUCCUUCAGGGACAACUUCCAUGGGCUCCGCGGGACGCGGGGACCGAGUCGCACGGGGGGGUUGGCCCCCGUUCAUAACUGCUUGCAGUUCUAGUUUAAAUUGAUAUUUUGUUUAAUUCAGAUUGGAGAUCGUGCAAUAGUUUCAUUGAUAAAUUAAGUUAACUGUGUUAACUGUACAAUACGUUUUAUUUAAUUUGUCAACUGUCAUUGAUAUUUUGUCAACUGUGAAGACAGUGCCAAUGUGGAGGCUUUUUGUUUAGACCGAAAAAGUUUAUUUUUUGUUUGAAAUGUCAGUUAUUUUUUACUCAUUUUUAUUUGUAGGCCUAUUUAAUUUAUUAUCAUUUCUUUUAAGAAGCAGAAAAUAAAAUAAAACCUGUCUUCCAAUCCAUUGCAUUUUUAGCCUAAUAGUUAUUUUUGUAGUAGAAAUAUCGGUAUCGGUACUCGGUAUCGGCAAGUACACAAAUGAAAAUACUCGGUGUGAAAAAAAUGGUAACAGUGCAUCCCUAAUAAAUAUAAUAAAAAUAUACACAUUAUAAUGAAUGAAAAGAGAUACACACAAUUUACAUGCUAAAAAUAAAUAAAAAUUGUAAAGCGAGUGUGUGCCUGAUGUGUGUCUAACGCUGGAUGUCCACUGGAUCUGUCGCGUGCGCAAUGCGGCUGGAAUUGGCGGAUCCUGAGAUCAUAAUGUCAUGCAAUAAUCUGUGGAAACCCUGGAGGUAUAAAGACAUCGACAAACAAAGAAAAGAUUUCUCUGUCUGCCGGACAUUGACCACUGUAGGCCAUUUCUUGAUUUUUCUCUUGAUUUUGUGAUGUUGGUGUAGUGAUGUGAAAUAUGAUCCGGAGUUUUCAUGGGUGCUUUAUUUUGAAAAAAUGCCUAAAUUAGCAGAAGUUGCAGAGCGGGGAGCUUUCUUCCUGAAAUCCAGGAUUAACUCCUUCAUCUUGUCAGUGUAGGGGACAAAACUGUCAGCCUUCCCAUGAGCGAGCGUCUCAUCCACCAGCUGCCUGUAGUCUGGUUUGUUGUCUCCCUCGAUAAGUCCAAGGAUGGUUGUAUCAUCUGAAAAUUUUAAAAUGUAGCCGAGUUUAUGGGUGGACGAGACUGGGAAACUGGCUCUUAAUUAAUAUUGCACCACACAAGUAGAAUAAUCUGCAGAGGCUUGUAAAAUUAGUCAAGGUAAUCCCUUUUAAUCAACUGAAAUCCCUUUGGACUGAAUUAGAGCCAUGUUAAUGGAUGUGUUUUCUGUGAAUUGAUUUUGUACCUUGUGAUACAUACUGCAACUUGCGUGUUGUUCUUGUUUUUUUAAUUUGUUGAUGUAUACCAUAACUUCUAUGUGUUCCUUUUGCUUUUAAUGUACUGGACAGUGGCCUUCCCUGUUUAAAUAAAGAGAAUAGCAAAUAAUGAUAAUAAUUCCACUUCUUCUGAAGACUAAGAAAAACAUGACAAAAAAAAAUGCUUGAAAAGAAACAGACUUUUUUUUUUUUAAUCACCAAAAUAUAACUUUUUUUUUUAUAAAAUGACAAACACACAACAGGCAGAUUUGAACAUGCUGAUAAAAGAGCAUGCUAGGUCACUGUUUCUAUUUUAUGAAAGGGAUAUUAUGUUGGUUUAUCAGUGUAUUUGUAUGCAUGUGGGCUACAUGUGUGUGGAUCCAUAUUUAUAAAG